CCAUGCUGGAGUGUUUCUUGUUUACCUGUCUGUGUCAAAUUUUCCUCACAUUUCCUUUGCAAUAUAAGCAAACGAAUUGAAAACGUAACAUAAUAAAGAACUGCUAACUCGUUGGAUUUACAAAAACGACAUCUUAUCAGCUCGGGAUGGCUUUGGUUCCUUAUGAUGAGAAUGUUCUUCCUGCUCUGUCAAAACUGCAUCAGUCUUCAGCUGAAUUCACUCUGGCCAAUCACAGGAUCAGACUCAGUCAGGACUGGAAGAGAUUGGGUGUCGCUGCUGUGGUUUGGGACGCUGCAGUGGUGCUCUGCAUGUUCCUGGAGAUGGGAAAAGUGGAUCUGAAAGGAAAGAGGGUUAUCGAGCUGGGCGCCGGCACUGGUUUGGUGGGCAUCGUAGCAGCUCUGCUGGGAGCCAAUGUUACAAUCACAGACCGAGAGCCUGCGCUGGAGUUUCUGACCGCCAAUGUACACGAAAACAUUCCUCCAGGCCAGCAGGGGGCAGUACAGGUAUCUGAACUGACCUGGGGUGAGAAUCUAGAUCUGUAUCCUCAAGGCGGCUUUGAUUUAAUUCUGGGAGCCGAUAUAGUUUACCUGGAGGAGACGUUUCCUGCGCUUUUGCAGACUCUCGAACACCUGAGUUCAGAAGAUACGGUGGUGUUGUUGUCCUGCAGGAUUCGAUAUGAGCGAGAUGAGCGUUUUCUGAUGGAGCUCCGGCGUAAGUUUUCUGUGCAGGAAGUCCAUUAUGACUCUCAGAGGGACAUACAUGUUUACAAAGCCAUGAAGAACAAGAGAAAUACUGAACUGUAAGAGGAAACUUUGGGUAGAGCUGUUUUUAUUUUUAAUGAAGUGGGUU